CGAGGUCUGCUUGUUCUCAAAUGAACCAUGUACUGUCUAUGGACGGCAAGAGUCGGACAUACUCUACUACCAUACUUUGUCUUACACGUAUGGAUUAUUAAUACAGCAGCAGGUGUAAAUGUUAAGGACAGCAGUGAGGGGAGGGAGGAUUUGCAGAGGCAUCCAGACGAGGUAGCGCAGUGGUGGGGUGAAUGGAGCAGCUGGUCCACCUGUUCCCGUACCUGUGGAGGAGGAGUGCGCUCUCAGGAACGUCACUGUCUGCAACAGAGACUGACGUCGACCCAAAACAUCAACAGUUCUUUCUGCACUGGACCUUCAAAACAGUAUCAGCUGUGCACAAAUCAGCCGUGCCCAAACAGCAGAAUCAGCUUCAAACAGCACCAGUGCUCUCAAUUCAAUGCCAAAGCCUUCGGCAGGAAGCACUAUGAGUGGGUUCCACUUUAUCCGGAUGAUUACAUCAACAUCUCCAAUAAGCCAUGUGACCUCCAGUGCACUACAACCACAGGGGAGAGGCAACUGCUGGUUCCUGCUCAUGACGGAACGUUCUGCAGGGACGGCAUCUACCAGGGGGUUUGCAUCGAAGGCCAGUGUCAGGUUGUCGGGUGUGAUGGGAAACUGUAUUCUAGUAAAACCAUAGACAAAUGUGGAGUCUGUGGUGGAAACGGAGGUUCAUGUUAUCGUGUCUCAGGAUCUUACCGGAAAGGGAUCACACAGUUAGGUUAUGUGUUUAUAACUAAUAUACCAGUUGGUGCUACUGACAUCCAAAUCAUAGAAAGGCGGAAAACUGAAAAUAUCUUGGCUCUUUCGGAUGAAGCUGGCCACUUCUUCUUCAAUGGCAACAGUGUGAUUGACAAUCCACAAAACUUUCAUGUUGCUGGGACUGUGUUUAAAUACAGGAGGCCUGCAAACCUCUUUUCUGAUGGCUUUGAGUACAUCAUGGCUCAGGGCCCCACCCAGCAGGCCCUGAAUGUCAUGUAUUACAACCUCAAUGGAAAGAUGCCUCACAUCACAUAUGAAUACACAGUUCCUCGAGCUCCGGCUUUUCCAAUGACCUCUACGCCCGAACAACCUCAGAUCAGCAACCUGAUGUCAAAGACAUCCAGAGACCCUUCAGUGGCCGAGCCCAAGGGUAACACGUCCUCAACAGAGCAUAAUGAAAUUGAGGCCCGGAAGCAGUAUGAAAAGAAAAGCAAUCAGAGCAGUUCACUAGUCCCACAGGAUAAUGUAGAUGUGCACGAGGAGCUGCUGUGGGGGCUUCAGGCCUCUGUGAACUUCAGUGAACUGCCCGCUCUGGUGUUGUUUAGACCCGCCAGUGAGGUCUUGCAGAAUGAACUGGAUGAUGAAAUGCACCACCUUGAGGCACAAGAGAGUUUCGGCCCCGAUUCCAACCUGAUUGAUGGUGAUUCGUCCAGUUCCAGUGAUUCAAACACCUCCACCCCUCUCCUGAAGAGUCUCCUCUAUGACGGGGCAUCAUGGUCCUCCAGACAGCCCUGUAAAGACUCAUCUGCACUCUCCGGCUGUUCCAUACUCAAGCUCAACUCCAGUGCACCACUGGACAACAGCUUGACCCUGGAGAUCUACCCGGGCAGCCUGGACCUGCACAGUCCCGAUGGAGAGCCCAGGACCAACGACUCCACCAACCACCAGUCUAACAUCCUCCAGCUCCACCAGAUGGAGCCAGUGCAGGCCCCCCACAGCGAGAGUAAUGAGUUUGAGGUAGAGUCUCUGGAUCAUGACGUCAGCAUGCCGGAUAUGUACAGAUGGAAGGUUUCUGCUUUUGCACCUUGCAGCUCAACAUGUACAACAGGUAUAAGCACAUCUUAUGCGUUAUGUGUAAAGUAUGAUGGGUCAGAAGUGGACGAGAGUUACUGUGAUGCUUUGACCAGGCCGGAGCCAACGCAUGAGUUCUGCACAGGGAAAGAGUGCCUGCCCAGAUGGGAGACGAGCCGCUGGAGUGAGUGUUCUCGAACCUGUGGAGAGGGCUUUCAGUUCCGCACGGUGCGCUGCUGGAAGAUGAUGGCACCAGGGUUCGACAGCUCUGUGUAUGAUGAGCUCUGUCAGGCCGUGGAGCUGCAGAAACCCAUGACGAGGAAAGCCUGCAAGAGCAAGAGCUGCGGCCCACAGUGGGAGAUCUCAGACUGGUCUGAGUGUUCUGCACGGUGCGGCGGUCGAGGAGUGAGGAGUCGUGAUGUGCGCUGUUCAAUGGAGGCCAGACUUUGCAAUGAGUCCACCAGACCGGUCAGCCAGAGGGAGUGUGAGGGGCCGCCCUGUGACCGCAGGUGGACCGUCUCUGACUGGGGCCCGUGCUCAGGGCCGUGUGGAGAGGGCAGGAUGAGACGGUAUGUGGUGUGUAAGAACAGCAAUGGGAAGGUGAUUUCUGAUGGUCAAUGUGAUCCAGAGCUGAAGCCACUGGCGGUGCAUCCAUGCGGAGACAAAAACUGCCCCGCUCACUGGGUGGAGCAGGAGUGGGAACAGUGUAACUCUACGUGUGGCCGUGGGAUGAAGACGCGUCAGGUGGUUUGUGCAGGGCUGGAGGCUGGUGUGUUUAAGGAGUUUCCCGAGCGGAUGUGUGACAGAGCCCUCAGACCCGCAGACACUGCGGCUUGCUUUGAGAGACCCUGCUCCAAGUGGUUCACCACAUCCUGGUCCCAGUGCAGUAAGACGUGUGGGAUUGGAGUGCGGGUACGAGAGGUGAAGUGUUAUCAAGGAGAAGAGCUCGGCCACAGCUGUGAUACAACACUGAGACCAGAGGCCAGACAGAGCUGUGAAGUUCAGCCUUGCACCACUGAACCACCAGCUGAUGAUGCGUGUCAGGAUAAACCGACUGCUAACUGUGCCCUGGUGCUGCGGGUGAAGCUGUGCACUCACUGGUACUACAGGAAGGCCUGCUGUCUGUCCUGCAGGAACAAGAGCCAAUGAUGACUGUCCCUCCUAUACAUACUGGACGCACUGAACCCAGAACCUACCCAACGCUGGCAGUCACCCCUCAAUAAAGAACGGUGCUAAAUCAGAAGGGCACUGGACCUCUGGUGGUCCUGCGGGACCUCAUAAAGGCAGCUCCUGUAACUGGACAGCAGAGGAGCCGUGGGUCUACUGAUCAUACAGACAAACACUCCUCCUGUGUACUGUACUGCUCACACACACACACAAACUCACAGACAUGGCGUAUGAUAUAUGUACAAAGUUUGUUCUUGUUUGUAUUUGUGUCCACUUUUGCUUUAGAAGAAAAAAUAAAACUAAAGUGGUUUUGA